AGCAUUGCAUUUUGGGACGCUUUUUAACAUGAAGAAGAUGCGCAAUGCAGGAAACGUCAUUGAUGGCGCUUAUACCCUAGCGCUAAUCAGCAUCGAGCGCUUCAGCGUAAUUGAACGGCCUCUCGUCAUUCCAUUCAUCCAACAUCGCCCAUACAUCAUCCAAGUUCUUAGAAGUUCUUUCUUCGUGCAAUGAAAUUGGACGCACCCGGAAAAGAAAAACAACUGUUUCAAAAACACCUUAGGUGCUCAUCGGUAGCAGACCGAACAAAGACACACACAUCAACCUCCAACACCAAA